GCCGCGAGCACAUCGCGCUGUCAAACCGGCUUUUGACAGUUUGACAGUUCGGAAAUUUGAAUUGCUAAGUGGAUUGAGACAUGUAUUCAUAUUUGAUGAUAUAGAGACGUUGUUAUCGCGUGCAUUAACAUUUAAAAGACUUUUGAGACGUGUUUCUGAAAGACAAAAGUAAAAAAUGGCGUUCGAAGACCGUUGCAGUCCAAAUCAAGCAAACAGUCCGGGUCCGGUGACUGGUAGAGUUCCUGCACCUCACUCUACUGCAGUAGAAGUAAGAAACUCAUAUCAAAGUCAAUACACUUGCACGACUAUUGACUCAAGGUUUGACAGAUCGAUGACAGUUGUCAAAGUGCAGCCAAAUUCACCACCAAUGAGUCCCGAACAUAGCCAGAAUGGCAUGGACUACCAAAACUACUUUAGACCUGAAACACCUGAUGUAAAACCUGUUAUCCAAGACAGUUUUGAAGACAAAAGGAACCGACAACCUCCACUAACCAUCCCCUUUUCAAUUAGCAACAUUUUACACCCUGAAUUUGGUUUGAAUGCAAUUCGAAAAACGAACAAAAUAGAAGGUCCCAAACACGUAGGGCCCAAUCACAGUAUUUUGUACAAACCCUAUUUAUCAAAUGAUGUGACUAAAGAGUAUUCGAAAUUCAAUUUUGAUUAUUUGAAAUCGAAAGAUGAUUUUGGUGCAUUGCCGCCGCUUGGUGGAUUAAGACAGACUGUUUCAAAUAUCGGGGAACAGAAUAUACAAAAAGAACAACCAAAGAUUAUAGAGCCACAAAAGAGGCCGGACUCGGCGAGUUCUAUAGUAUCUUCGACAUCCAGUGGAGCUUUGUCCACGUGUGGGAGCACAGAUACUAAUAGCCAGAGUGGGAAUAGCAAUCUAUGGCCUGCUUGGGUAUAUUGUACGAGAUAUAGCGAUAGGCCUAGUUCUGGUCCAAGAAGUAGAAGAAUGAAAAAGAAGUCCGUUCCAGAAGAGAAGAGACCCAGAACAGCGUUUAGCGCGGCGCAACUUGGCAGGCUAAAGCACGAGUUCGCCGAAAACCGCUACCUCACAGAAAGAAGACGUCAGGCCCUCGCUGCAGAACUUGGACUCGCUGAGGCCCAAAUCAAGAUCUGGUUCCAGAACAAGCGCGCCAAGAUCAAGAAGGCCUCAGGCCAACGCAACCCACUGGCCCUACAGCUCAUGGCACAGGGGCUGUACAACCAUAGGACUGUCACUGAGAGUGAUGAAGAGGAAGAAGAAAUCCAUGUCACGUAGCUUAAUUACAUUAUAAUUGAUAUUCUCCAUAUGCUGCAAAAAUGUUAAUUAGUGUUCUCCAUUUUAAAAACGGUUGUAUUACAUGUCAACAAUACGUAUUCUCCAUAUUUCAAAUACACCUCUUUUUGGAGCUUUUGAAAAGU